UCAAUAAACAAUUCCUCUGUAUGCGAUAAUGCGUCUAUCUACUUAAUUUUUUCAUUUCCUUCGAAUAGUCUAUAAAAAGGCACCGAAAAACAUAAACAUUGUAACACAAUUUUCAUAUCAUUAUUUCUCUAUACAUUAUGGCAACAAUGGGUAAACGUUCAUUUCUUACCCUUCUAUUCUUUUCCAUCUGUUUCAUUGUUUCUUUUUCUCAUGCUCAAAAGAAUGGUUUUAGUGUUGAACUCAUCCACCGCGACUCUUUAAAAUCACCACUCUAUAAACCUACUCAAAAUAAAUACCAAUAUUUUGUCGAUGCCGCACGUCGUUCCAUCAACCGUGCCAAUCAUUUUUACAAAUAUUCCCUUGCAAAUAUACCUCAAUCAACUGUAAUCCCCGAUAUCGGCGAGUAUCUAAUGACCUAUUCAGUUGGUACACCACCAUUUAAGUUAUAUGGUAUUGUUGAUACCGGUAGUGAUAUUGUUUGGCUUCAAUGUGAGCCUUGUCAAGAAUGUUACAACCAAACCACUCCUAUGUUUAAUCCGUCGAAAUCGUCAAGUUACAAAAACAUUCCUUGCCCAUCAAAGUUGUGUCAAUCUAUGGAAGAUACCUCAUGUAAUGACAAAAAUUAUUGUGAAUAUUCUACUUAUUAUGGUGAUAAUUCACAUUCAGGAGGAGAUCUUAGUGUUGACACUCUUACAUUGGAAUCCACCAAUGGACUUACAGUUUCAUUUCCUAAUAUUGUGAUAGGAUGUGGAACUAACAAUAUUUUGUCCUAUGAAGGCGCAAGCUCUGGUAUCGUUGGCUUCGGAAGUGGACCCGCGUCUUUUAUCACUCAAUUGGGAUCCUCAACUGGUGGUAAAUUCUCCUAUUGUUUAACACCAUUGUUUUCUGUAACAAACAUUCAAUCAAACGCAACGAGCAAGCUCAAUUUUGGAGAUGCGGCUACGGUAUCUGGAGACGGGGUUGUGACAACUCCUAUAUUGAAAAAAGACCCCGAAACCUUUUACUAUUUGACAUUGGAAGCAUUUAGUGUUGGAAAUAGAAGAGUAGAAAUUGGAGGAGUUCCAAAUGGUGAUAAUGAGGGUAACAUCAUAAUUGAUUCGGGUACAACAUUAACAAGUUUAACAAAAGAUGAUUACUCUUUUUUGGAAUCUGCUGUGGUAGAUUUGGUGAAGUUAGAACGUGUUGACGAUCCUACUCAAACAUUAAACCUUUGCUAUAGUGUCAAAGCUGAGGGAUAUGAUUUUCCUAUAAUCACAAUGCAUUUUAAAGGUGCAGAUGUCGAUUUGCAUCCUAUUAGCACAUUUGUUUCGGUUGCUGAUGGUGUUUUUUGCUUGGCUUUUGAAUCAUCUCAAGAUCACGCCAUCUUUGGAAAUUUGGCUCAGCAAAAUUUGAUGGUUGGUUAUGAUCUUCAGCAAAAAAUUGUGUCCUUUAAACCUAGUGAUUGUACCAAAGUGUGAUCACUUUUAUAGACUUUGUUUACUUUCUUACUUGCAUUUAAAAUAAAAUAAUCUGCAUGUUAUUUGAUGUAUUAAUAAAAUACAUUUGAAGGUCAAAUUAUAGGCAUCACGGAAAAGUUAUUUAUAUUC